CUCGCUUCGACUCCGAUAGCCGGCGUCCAAUUCGGGAGGAGAUCCGGUCAUGUUUCUGUCCAACAUCCAUCCCAUCCCAUCUCCGUCCGUCCGUCCGUCCAACAUUUGCAUAUUGUACAAUACGAGAGUCAAAUUUGGAUCAGAGUCAUCAUACCCCGUUGUGACACUUGUCCAUAAUGCCUCAAAAUGUCCUCCUCAUCAUCGCAGACGAUCUCGGAAAGUAUAUCAACUCGUAUGGGUGUCAGAGCGUGACGACUCCGAACCUCACCAAAUUCACUGAUGAGGCCGUGCGAUUCACUCACGCUUUUGCUUGCACUCCGUCGUGCUCUGGAUCCCGUUCCACCAUCUUUACGGGACUACACACUCACGAGAAUGGACAAUACGGACUCGCUUGGGGCCCACACGGUCAUUUUCAAACCUACGAACAUGUUGAAUCGAUGCCACGACUUUUCAAUGAAGCCGGCUACUUGACUGGUGUUCUGGGGAAGGUACACGUCGGACCACCAGCCGUUUAUCCUUGGAAAUGGAUGCGCGAGAGCGAAAGCAGAGAUGUUGCCUGGAUUGCCGAUCAGGCGAAGGAAUUCUUUCAAGAGGCAGGCUCCGACGCAUUUCACCUGACUGUCGCUUUUCACGAUCCUCAUCGGGAUGUCAAAUCUCGCGGAGGAUUUGCCAAUGACUGGAAGUAUGAUCCGAGAGUAGAAUUAUUGGACGUCAAAGAGAGCCAAGUCGAGGUGCCGCCCUGGCUCACCGACUGUGCGGAAACAAGGCAGGAGCUCGUCGAGUACUACAAGGCGAUUCAUCGAUUUGACCAAGGAGUCGGAAUGGUCUUGCAGGCUUUGGCGGAUUCUGGCCUGGCAGACUCGACACUCGUCAUGAUCACAAGCGACAAUGGGCCUCCGUUCAUCAAUUCAAAGACUACGCUAUAUGAGGCUGGUAUCGAUCUUCCACUCCUGAUCAGACGGCCCGGAGGGCCAAAAGGCAUCGUCAAUCCCAACAUGGUAUCUUUCACCGAUUUGCUUCCCACCAUGCUCGAUUGGGCACAAAUCCGCCCCAAGAUGAGCGAUCAGGAUACAGAGAUUCACCUCUUCAAAGCCAGCCCAUCGCCUCGCCGAGGGCGUUCCCUCCUUUCCAUUCUAUCCGAUCAUACCGUCGUCCCUAGCCCUGACUGGCAAGAUGCAGUAUUUGGCUCUCACACCUUUCAUGAGUUUCAGAACUAUUGGCCUACAAGGAUCAUGAGGACCAGACGAUUCAAGUACCAUCGAAACAUUGCGUGGCAGCUCGACUUCCCAUUUGCCACGGAUCUUUACGCGAGUCUUAGCUUUGAAGGCAUACGGAAUCUUCCGCCACCUGUCAUGCUGGGUCGGCGACCGUUCAAGAAUUACAUACGGCGCAGUGCCGAAGAGCUGUAUGACAUCGAGGCAGACCCAUUGGAAGUUGACAACCUGGUCGACAAUCUUGAGUACGCUGAAACGUUGAAGGAAAUGAGGACGGCGCUAGAGAAGUGGCAGCAAACGACUAGGGAUCUGUUUCUUUACAGGGACGGCGCAUCGAUUCAAGCGCUCAUCAGAUACGAGCGGGACGGACUCCAGGUGCCUGAUCGAUUCGACAUGAACCCUGAGGAGCCCGGUACCCGGGGUCCAUUAGUCAAAGUGUGCGCGGAUAUCUUUGAGAAUCAAGCCCUAGCGACUUAAUUCGAGUCACGAUGUAGUG